AUGCAGGGUGCUGUGAUCGCCCCGUCGGCCGCCCUUGACUCCAGUCUGUCCCUGCAGCCCUCCAGCCUCAUGGCACCCCUCACCCAGCAGAUGAGCCACCUCUCCAUGGGUACCUCCGGCACCUACAUGACGGCCGCAGCUGCUGCUCCUAUGCAAGGAACCUACAUCCCCCAGUACACUGCCGUGCCCGCCACCGCCAUCUCUGUGGAGGUACGACCUGCUCAUUCACACUCAGGGCCUGCAGCAGACGCCUUUAUCCAAAGCGACUUAUUGCAACCACUUCUGGGGAGAGACUGGCCCUGAAAACGGAUCGGAUAGGGGCGAUUUAUCUGUGGGUUUGAAUGAAUGAAUACUUUAUUCCGGACUCGAAGUUCCAUUUACAAGACAAGAAUACAAAUUACAUGACAAUACAAAUACGAGGUCACACAGAUUAAAAUACAUAUAAGCAUCGAUUCCAAUGUUUCCACAACCCAGAGGAGUACCUUGUAUCACUCUGUUUAGUGUCAGUGAGUGCAAUUAUUAGUUUGUUUUUUGACUCUAGAAGUCGACACAUAAAUUUGUACAUAAAAUUCCUUAAUACAGCAUGAAAGGUGGGGACAUUACUAGUCACAAACAAAGAGCUAGCACUUGUCCAUCAUAGGGUUUCUCACACAAGGGGGCAGUAUUGCGAUUACGGCCCCGAUUGUACAGGAACCGAGAGCGAAUCCGCUACUGGAUGGGUCGAGCCUGUUUACAGUUUGGCUAGGUGCAUUCAUUAUUCUUUCUGGCCAUUAUUCUAUUCUGCCCGUCCA